AUGUCAAUUCGAAAACCCAAGAAACCAAAGUCUCUUGUUUCUUCGCCUUCUUCAUCGCCAUCUUCUUCAGGGUACUUACAACUACCACCUGAAAUCCUAUUACAAAUAUUUAAAGAAUUUCUUCGCGGCAUCAUAGACAAAAAUCAUAAUCCCAAGGAUCUUAUAUUGUUGCAAAUUGUCUGUAAACAAUGGUACUGUCUAAUUGAGGUUGCCAUUGUUGAAGAACUUGUAAUUCCUUAUGAUUGGGAACCGGAUCGCAAAACGAUAGAGUAUCCAUUCAUUCUGUCGUUGCCACCUUCUCCAUCCUCCUACUCCUCCGUUUUCGCUAAAUUCGUGUGCCAUUCCAUCCUAAGCAACAAAUAUAAUAAUGAUGAUUACUAUUACUUAGAUGCACACUUUUUAUUUACUCCAAAAAAUAAACCAUGUAUCUAUAAACUGCAGCAAUCGCAUAAAUAUUUCUCGCACCCCACCAUCAGUUUCGGGGCUAGACGAGGGUACCGUAUCGCGUGUUUUCGUAUUGGUAAAUUAACCCAAUGGGGAGAAUGGAUGGUGCCAAUUAAAGGCGAAUGUGACGAUUUGCGGGGAAACUCGAAAAUAGAAAUGAUUUACACGCGUGGCGAACCCGAAGUGUUCGAAAUUGUGGGAGUCAAAGUCGCCCUUCAGUAUCUUGAAUGUGAAUGA